UGGAAAAUAAUGAUGAUGUCACAUAUACGUUCUAUAUUAAUUAAUCACGAUGUUGUUGCCAAAAGGUAUUUACAUGUUAGCACAGUACUUAAUAAAACACAAGCUGCACGUUAUAGACCAAAACCAAGGAUUUUACAACCAUUAACAUAUGAAAUGGCAAAUCCUCCACAUCACAUUGCGGUUAGAAAAUCCUGGAAUUCUUGGAAUACUUCAAACAUAAAAGAUGGUAACAGAUCAUCAGAGACUGCUGUAGAGGAUGUGUUUAUACGAAAUUUUAUAAAGGGAACUUGGCAUGCAUUAUUUGGCAGUGAGAUAAUUAUUAAGCGUCAACAUAAUUUGAUUAGAAUAGCUGGUAUUGUAUUGCGUAAGGUACCACCAGUAAAAGUCUAUUUUUUAAUUGGAUAUACUGAAUACAUAUUAAGCUGUUGGUUGCACUGUCCAGUGAAAAUGGAAAUUGUAACAGCAAAUCAGAAAAAUGACAUUAUAUACAAAGUAAUAUAA